AAGGUGCACGCAGGCGCAAUGCCGCCUAAAGCUGGGCUCAAUGCGUCAGAGAAUCUCCGCGCCCAGGCGGCUCCUCCCCACUGCGGGAACCCGGGAAAACCUGUGAGCUAAUCAGAAAAAGCAGAAGGCGGGAGGGCUUGGGGCACCGUCCAAUGGCGCGAAAGAGAACAAAUGAUCUGGCCAAUCAGGAACGGCACGGGGGCGGGCUCGCUCGGCGCGAAGUUCGGGCCCGGGAAUUCCGAAGGAGGGGUAGGCUGCCUGCGCCCCGAGGCCGCGCCCCUUCAGGCUCCGGCUUGUUGGCUGUCAAACAGCUGCGGAAGUGUUGGCUCCCGCGGAGGAGCCCAGGGGGUCCCGGGACCCCCGCACAGGUUGGCAUUGCUUGAAGAGGAGGCCACUCGGAGACUGCACCGCACGGGUAGAUCCGAAACGCGGCUGAGGCCGAGGGAAAAGGCUGGAUUGGAGGUUCUCCAAAUAUUUUGCGACCUGAGGAUCCAGCUCAAGUGAGGUGCCGUAGGACGUGUUCCUGAGUUUGCAUUGUAUGGAGACUUUCCUGGAAUCUUUCAGUUGCAAGUCAGCUUCACAACAAAUUUUGCAGUCCUAGGCUGCUUCCAGUCUGAAUUUAGACUAACUUAGGUAGUGUGCUUAAAGUUGAAACUGCACACAGCACAACUCAAGUUUGCAUCAGACUGGGAAGCGAACUUGAGCCAGUGGUGCGUGGCCCAGGAGUGGGAAAGGAAAUGGAUGCCUGAAGUGGAAGGUGGUGCAGAGGGGGCACCGCCCAUGCUGCCCUGCUUCCAACUGCUGCGCAUAGGGGGCGGCAGAGGCGGAGAUCUCUACACCUUUCACCCCCCGGCCGGGGCUGGCUGCACCUACCGCUUGGGCCACAGGGCCGACCUGUGUGAUGUGGCUCUGCGGCCCCAGCAGGAGCCUGGCCUCAUCUCUGGGAUCCAUGCCGAACUGCAUGCCGAGCCCCGGGGUGAUGACUGGAGGGUCAGCCUGGAAGACCACAGCAGCCAAGGGACUUUGGUCAAUAAUGUCCGAAUCCCAAGAGGUCACAGGCUGGAAUUGAGUGAUGGAGACCUCCUGACCUUUGGCCCUGAAGGGCCCCCAGGGACCAGCCCCUCGGAGUUCUACUUCAUGUUCCAACAAGUACGAGUCAAACCUCAGGACUUUGCUGCCAUUACCAUCCCACGGUCUAGGGGAGAAGCCCAGGCUGGGGCUGGGGCUGGCUUCCGUCCUAUGCUGCCCUCCCUUGGGGCUCCACAGCGGCCUCUUAGCACCUUCUCCUCUACCCCCAAGGCCACACUAAUCCUGAACUCCAUUGGCAGCCUCAGCAAGCUCCGGCCCCAGCCCCUCACCUUCUCCCCUAGUGGGGGUAGACCAAAGAGCUUGCCAGUUCCCAUCCCACCUGGGGAAGUGGGUAUCACCCCUUCUGCUCCACCCCCACGCAAUCGGAGGAAAUCUGCUCACCAAGUGUUAGCAGAACUGGAUGAGAGUGAGCCUCCUGAGAGCCCACCACCAGCUCUUAUGGAGCCCAGGAAGAAACUCCGUGUAGACAAAGCCCCUCUGACUCCCAAUGGAAAUCGACGUGGCCAUCCUCGUCCUCGGAAGUACCCAGGGAGCAAUCCCAUGGCUCCCCCUGCAGUUGGGGAUGGGGAGCCCUGUGCAGCUCCUUGUUGCUGCCUGCCCCAGGAAGAGACAGUGGCCUGGGUUCAGUGUGAUGGCUGUGACCUCUGGUUCCAUGUGGCCUGUGUUGGCUGCAGCAUCCAGGCUGCCAGGGAGGCUGACUUCCGAUGCCCAGGGUGCCGUGCUGGCAUCCAGACCUAAGGUCAACCAUGAAGACACCCUCGGACACAGCUGCCCAUCAGUAGACACAGCAGUGAGCAAAUGGGUCUGAUAAAUGCUCCCGUCCCUUUCCAGGAGGGAAUGACUGCAGGGAAGGGUGGAUUGAUGUGGACUCAUUCAGGGCCUGGAGCAGAAGAGCCUGGUGGCCAACGUGACAGAAGAAAUGGCUUCCUGCCAAAGAUAUUGCCACCUCCAGGAAAUUGCCAGUGAGCUGGAAGUUCCCAUUCUUACAAGGCCAUGUUGCCACGGACACCAAAAUAUCUGUAGUCAGAGCACUGAUCAGUUGCAAAAGCCAUGCCUGCAAAUAAUGGAAAACUAAGGGAGUU